UAGAAUAGAAAAAUCGCGGCUCCUGCUGACGGAAUCUGUCUCAGUGCCAAGAUCUUACAUGACAACCGACACAAGCUUCCUCUCACCCUCACUCGCAUCUCUCGAGCUCAGGACUCUGCAGAAGCUAACCAAAAUCUGGAAAUGAAUUCCUAUAGCGAGAAGAGAAUUUGCAAAACCCAGCAUAAUUCAGCAUGAGAGUUCCUUUCUUUAUCUUCUUUCAUAUCAUAUCAUUAUCCGUGUGCAUUGAGCCACACACGGCAGACGGGACCAAAGCUAUCAGCUUCAGAACUUUCCAUGAAUAUCAGGCGAGAAGAAUUCUGCACCAACCGUUGUUCCCGGAAGGUUCUGCUCCACCACCAGCCGCAGUCGAGUCGCCGCCACCGCCGCCUCCGGACACCCCAUCUUCUCCCGACAUUCCUUUCUUUCACGAGAAUCCCGUGGGACCAACGCCAGAUCAGAAUCAGACACCGCCGGCGAUUCCCAAUGGGACAAUAGUUUCGAACCCGACGGCGACAACGCCGGCGAACAAGCCCACGAAGAAGGUCGCAAUUGCCAUGUCUGUUGGAAUUGUGACGCUCGGUAUGCUCUCGGCACUUGCCUUCUUCUUGUACAGACACCGUGUGAAGCACCCUAGUGAGACCCAGAAGCUCGUGGGUGGGAAUUCUCGGGGGAUUGAGGAGGAUUCUUCGGGGGCCCCACCGUCGAACUUUCUGUACAUUGGGACGGUGGAGCCUCCACGAACUGAAUCAGUAAGUGAGCCCAUCGAGUCCAACGGAGGAAACAAGUCGCCUUAUCAUAAGCUGAAUCCUCCAAAGCGAUCCGAUCGGUACCGGCCAAGCCCUGAAUUGCAGCCAUUGCCGCCGCUAACUAAGCCACCAGAUGGGAAUUACCCUCCGGCGAUAUCUUCGUCGUCGUCGUCUUCGUCCGACGAGGAAAGCCACGACAUGGCGUUUCAUACGCCGCACGGAUCAUCGGUGAGCUGCGAGGAUGGCUAUUAUACUCCAAUUUCGCGCCAGAGUUCUCUGGCUAACGGUAGCCCGACGGUGACUACAAGGAGUGAGGCUCAUUCCACUAAUUAUCAUCCUUUUUCAAAGAGAACGUCACCAAAAUCUCGCUUGUCUGCUUCUUCGCCGGAGGUAAGGCCUGUCAUUAUACCAUCUAUAAAGCAGACUCCACCGCCUCCUCCUCCUCCGCCACCUCGAUCGACACCGUUUCAGCAUGUAGAUAAACAAGUGGCCUCCGGUGCUUCUAGAAGGCCUAAAUUCUCAGCGCCACCUCCGGCACCGAAUUUGAUGCAUCUCCGGUCAACAGACUCCACACUCCAGGACACGUCGAGGACUUCCCCCAAAUAUCCUCCUCCGCCUCCGCCACCCCCUCCUCCUCCUCCACCGCGACACCCUCAAACAACACCAAGGAAAACAGUGUCUCCGGCAAUUAGUGUUCCCUCAUCCUCUCCAUCGAGAAAGCAACAGUCUUGGUCUGCAAGUGAAGGAGCUGCUUCUGGUAAAAGUGUAACAAAAGCUUCAGACUCUGAGCAUGUUGAUCAAAGGCUCGCCUCUUCCGAGAGGAUGGAAGCCGAUGACAUGGACGGAGGGAAACCCAAGUUAAAGGCUUUGCACUGGGAUAAAGUGCGAGCAACCUCAGAUCGUGCUACUGUGUGGGACCAGCUAAAAUCAAGCUCAUUUCAACUGAAUGAGGACAUGAUGGAGAGCCUGUUUGGCUGCAAUUCUACAAAUGUCGUUCCCAAAGAACGUCCAAGAAAAUUAGUUCUUCCUCCUGUUGAUCAGGAAGAGAAGGUGCUGGACCCGAAGAAGUCACAGAACAUAGCUAUACUGCUAAGGGCACUAAAUGUGACGAGAGAUGAAGUGUGCGAAGCUCUUUUGGACGGUAAUCCUGAAGGUUUGGGUACUGAGCUGUUUGAAACUCUGGUAAAGAUGGCUCCCACUAAGGAGGAAGAGAUAAAGCUUAAAAAGUAUGAUGGUGACCUUUCAAAACUUGGGUCUGCAGAAAGAUUUCUCAAAGCGGUGCUUGAUAUCCCUUUUGCUUUUAAAAGAGUCGAGGCCUUGCUAUACAGAGCUAACUUUGAUACUGAAGUUAAUUACCUGAAGAAGUCUUUUCAAUCCCUUGAGGCAGCAAGUGAGGAAUUGAAGAACAGUCGGCUGUUCCUCAAACUGCUCGAAGCUGUUCUUAGGACAGGAAACAGAAUGAAUGUUGGCACCAAUCGUGGUGAUGCUAAAGCUUUUAAACUGGAGACGCUGCUAAAACUGGUGGACAUAAAGGGAACUGAUGGUAAGACUACAUUGCUUCACUUUGUGGUCCAAGAGAUCAUUAGAUCUGAAGGUGCAGGCAGUGAUUCCGCACAUGAGAGUGUUCAGGAGAAAAUGAGUUCCAAAUUCAAUGAGGAUGAAUUCAAGAAGCAAGGAUUGCAGGUUGUGUCUGGACUAGGUAGAGACCUCAGCAAUGUCAAGAAAGCAGCAACAAUGGAUUCAGAUGUCUUAAGCAGCUAUGUCGCAAAGCUCGAAAUGGGGCUUGAGAAAGUGAGAUCUGUUAUGCCAUACGAAAAAUCAGAUAUGGAAGGGAAUUUCUUCAACUCCAUGAAGCUAUUUCUGAGAGAUGCUGAAGAGAAAAUUGUUAGGAUUAAGGAUGAUGAAAGAAAGGCUUUAUUACUUGUGAAAGAAGUGACAGAGUACUUUCAUGGGGAUACAGCAAAGGAAGAAGCCCACCCUCUCAGAAUCUUCAUGAUUGUAAGGGACUUUCUAAAUAUUUUGGAUCAAGUGUGCAAAGAAGUUGGAAGGAUGCAGGAUAGAGUUAUGGUUGGUGCUGCAAGAUCUUUCAGGAUAGCUGCUAGUGCAUCACUGCCUGUUCUCAACAAGUACCAUGCAAGACAAGAUAGAAGUUCAGAUGAAGAAAGUUCAUCUCCAUAGUACUGUAAAAUAUGAAGCAACAAUAGUUUCUCAGGAAAAGGAUAGUUCUACUAUACCAAGAUUUCAUUCCGAAGUAUCACUGGAAGAGUACAGCUUUAUGAAUAAAAAUGGUUCCCUGAAAUUGCUAUGUAAAUGUUGGGGAGACAACAAGAAGCUGUGGUAAGUACUUUCUGGUUUACAGAGGAAGGAGGCAGAGGUUUAUGUUCAAAGUUCAAACAUAAUAUGAAACAAACUUCAAUUUCUCAAUGGGAAGUGCACGACACACAUCUUUUUUGUUUUUUUGAUUCCAGCACAUAUACCAUAGUUGAGAUAGGUUUUAUUAGAUCAUAGUUCUACAAAUUUUCAUAUUUUAUAAUGCAUUGAUUUCACCCAAGAGGCUCUUAUAUGUAAUUUUUUAAUCAAUUAUUAAUAAUAAAUAGCAGUUUUGCCGCAUUU